CAAUUUCUACCGGUGGAAAUAACGUUACUGCUGCUCGAGGAGGUUCCACUAAUGGUGAACAAGCUGCUCCAGGAACUACUCCCAGUAGUCGCACUAAAGGCUCAUCCACGCACAUCACCAAAGGCUCACCCACGAACACUAAUGGAGGUUCC